AUGAAACAACAUGAAAAAGACAAGAAGAACUUCGGAUUGAUAAGACUGAAACAACAUGAAAAAGACAAGCAAAACUUUGGAUUGAUAGAGAUGAAACAACAUGAAAAAGACAAGAAGAACUUUGAAUUGAUAGAGAUGAAACAACAUAAAAAAGACAAGAAGAACUUUGGAUUGAUAGGAAUGAAACAACAUGAAAAAGACAAGAAGAACUUUGGAUUGAUAGGGAUGAAACAACAUGAAAAAGACAAGAAGAAUUUUGAAUUGAUAGGGAUGAAACAACAUGAAAAAGACAAGAAGAACUUUGGAUUGAUAGAGAUGAAACAACAUGAAAAAGACAAGGAGAACUUUGGAUUGAUAGGGAUGAAACAACAUGAAAAAGACAAGAAGAACUUUGGAUUGAUAGGACUGAAACAAAUGAAAAAUACAAGAAGAACUUUGGAUUGA